AUGCUCAAGAAAUACAAAUACACGGGUUCUGUGAUGCCAGUAACACUAGCAGACAUCAUCAAAAGGAAACGACACUGGCAAGGGAGGUUAUCUACUGCUGAACUACAAGAGACACGAAACCGUAUACUCCAACUUGUUCAAUCCUCUGCCUUCUCCGCAGAGCUUCAAGCCUUGAAACAAACUCAAAGAAAUGGAACUAGGCAUCAUCACAAACUCAAUCAACUCAAUCCAUUCAUCGACGACAAGGGCCUCCUACGUGUUGGAGGGAGAUUAAACGCAGCAAGGUUAACUGAUCUACAGAAGCAUCCAAUUGUUCUCCCAAAAAAUCAUAUCAUCACAGACCUCAUCAUUCGAGAUGAACAUCUCAAGAAUUUACAUCUGGGCGUUCAAGGAACUUUAUACAGCAUAAGGCAGACAUACUGGAUCUUAGAUGGCCGCAAUCAGAUUCGCAGAGUCAUCCGUAAAUGCGUAACGUGUGUCCGCGCCAACCCGCCUCCCACCAAUUACUUAAUGGGACAUCUACCAGCAGCCAGAGUCUCCAGAACCAUCAGACCCUUUGUUCAUGUAGGCGUAGAUUACUGUGGCCCUUUUUAUAUAAAGGAGAAAAAAUUCCGCAACAGGGUCAAGGUUAAGGUUUAUGUAGCCGUAUUCAUCUGUCUUGCAGUCAAGGCAGUGCAUCUAGAAGUGGUCAGUGAUUUAACUUCAUCUGGAUUCCUCGCAGCACUCGAUCGAUUCAUCUCACGAAGGGGAAAACCAACACUCAUCGAAUCAGACAACGGUACUAAUUUCACUGGGGCAAAUAAUGAAAUGAAAAACAUCGUAACAACCUUGCAGCAACCACAUGAAGACGAGAAAAUUACUCGUGCCUUAAGUAAUCAGGGCAUUCAAUGGAAGUUCACACCUCCACUGUCACCACAUUUUGGCGGCAUAUGGGAAGCCGCUAUCGAAGCAAUUCUGAAUUCUCGACCGCUCACUCCAAUUUCCACCGAUCCUCAAGACCUUCAAGCAUUGACACCAGCCCAUUUCCUGAUUGGAGACACAUUGACAAGCCGACCUGAAUUGAACCUCAUGGACAAAAAAGUCAACAUGCUGAACAGGUGGGAAUUGAUUCAAAAAAUCAAGCAAGAAUUUUGGGCGCGAUGGAACAAAGAGUACUUGAAUGAACUCAACAUUAGAAGAAAAUGGACUACAGGAUCUCAUGAUAUCAAGAAAAACUCAAUAGUGUUACUCAAAGAUGAUAAUCUCCCUCCCAUGCAAUGGAGGCUCGGGCGUGUCAUCGAAACUCAUCCUGGAGCUGAUGGAAUCAUCAGAGUCGUGACGGUCAAAACAGCAACAGGAGAACUGAAACGGAACAUCAAGAAACUCUCACCCUUGCCAGUGUCACAUCCUGAUGACGACGCCAAUUAA